UCGAAAAUGGCCUGAGAGAAAUGGAAGACACGUUCUCAAGUUUGGGUUCGCACCACCCUGCCCUCGGGGCAGGGAUGUGUAAUGAGAAUGAGCUGAUGGAGGCCCCUGAAGAAGAAGACAUAGAUCUGAUGAACGAUGAGACGUUUGGAGGAGAUAUUGAUGAAGAUUUUGACUGGGAGGAGGAGCAUGAGAAACUGUCAGAGGUGAUCGAGGUCGGGGACAAAAUUCUCUACGGACGACCAGCACGGGAUUCUGGGUACAAGACCUACGCCAGUCAGGAGGAAUACAUGGAGCAGAGCAUCAGUCAGCUGGUGGUAGAAGAUGAGGAGAUAGAUGACCCAGCGAUUGUCAACGUCAGCAAAAACAGACCUAUACCCAAGAAAUGUCAGAAUCUGGACGAUUUGUUUGGACCAGCUUCACCCCCCGCUCUCCUGGAUGCAGAACACUUGGUAUCUCCCUCCAGUAGGAAUAUCUGGGGUUCCCCGGUGAAGGAGACACAUAUGCCCCCCACAGUGAACAAUCUUCAGACUCUAUUUGAGUUUGCCAAAGCAGCUUCAAGUUCAACACACACAAAGGGUGCCCCAGUAGUGUCCACCCCAGGAAGAACAUUGGAAGAGCUUGAGCAGCAAUUACUCCCAGGGUCAAAAGGUCACGCAAUGACAGCAGAGGAUUUGGAGCGACAGCUUCGUGGGGAGGAUCAAAAGGUCCCCCCUUCCUCUGACCCCAGACUCCAACACCCACCUCCUGGGUUCCUGCUCGGAUCGCCAGGCCCCAGAAACCAGACCCCACAGCGCAUACCACCAGGGUAUAGCCCAUAUCUUCCAAUGAUGGAUGGCAGGCGUUCACCGAUGGGACAGGGGCCCUUUCCACCGAGGGGUGGGGACGGUCCUCUUGGAGCCACACCCCCAGGCCCUAUCCCACCUCACCUGCUCAACGGUAGGCAGUCCCCUCUUCAGACUGCCCCUGCCACCCCCCAGAAUCAUAGGUCCACCCCUGUCAUGUUGCAUAGGCUUUCUCCUUUAUCUGCUUCAGCAUCCUCAGGUAGGGUUUCCCCACUCUCGGUUAUUUUGAGGGGGUCGCCGUCACCCCCACCUGUCACCCCACAGGUCUCAUUGUUGUCUGCCUAUGCCCGUGGGGCACUGCAAAGCAUUAUGGGUAGGAUUUCAAAAUGUGUUGGAGAAAUUUGAGAGGGAUGGUUCUGC